AACAAUCGUGUAAGCCACAUGAAGUUACUGUUUUUGCUUGGUUGGAAGACCGUCACUUGUGUAUCAACCGUCGUAGAGCUCAAUUAUGAAUGAGCAUGAGCAAUACGAGGCGCAGGCGCCGCAGCGACCCGAACGUGUGCGUCCGCGUCGACUGGAACCCGACACAUUGUCUUACCUCAAAGAGGUGACGGAGAUGCUGACGCAGCAGGGCGAAGACUCGACUGCUGACGAUGUGGAGCUUCUGCUAUGGAACGUUCUGGAGGAGCUUGCACCGCGUGCUGCCAGUGCUGCCUCGGACCGCCACGCCGGUGAGUUGCUGGAGGUUUUCCUGCCCAAGAUGAGCGACGCGCAGCUGCGCUUUUUGCUGCACAAGAUGGCGGGCUACAUGAGCCAUUUGUGGACCAACCGCUACUCGUCCCAUGUACUGCAACAUUUGCUGUCACGUGCUAGUGUCGUGGUGGCUAAAGAGGUGGAUGGAGACGAGGAGGAGCAGAAUAACGACGAGGACGACAGGAUGAAGGAGAUCCCACCUAUGAGCGACGUCAUCAUCAAUAUGGUCAAAGAGGUGGAGAACGAGUGGAUCACUCUGAUGAAUGACGUGAGUGCCAGUCACGUGCUACGCUCUGUGCUUGCAGUGCUGGCUGGGAAGCCUCUCGUGCCCGAGAAACGUGGCAAAAAGGCCAAACACCGUGUUGUAACAUUCACAGAAGCUCGUCCUGGCAAGGAUGGAUCGGAGGUUACCUACGACGUACCGGGCUCGUUUGAAAAAUUGUUUAAAGAACUGCUGGCUGUGCUGAUCGAGAGCCCGACGCAUGAACUACAGAACCUGCUGUACGAUCAGAACUCGGGUCCGCUGAUCGCUUCGGCGCUGAAGCUGGCACCUUCGAAGAGCCGGCGGAAAUUAGCGGAACGUAUUCUUCAAUGGGAGGACGAGGACGCGUGCGAGCGCGGCUUCUAUGACUUGGCAGCCGAUGCCGUAACCAGCCACUUGCUGGAGGCUCUGUUCGAGAGCGGCAGCGACAAGUUCUUCUCGAAGGUGUUUCAGCGCUGUGUGCGUGGCAAGAUGCUGCAGCUGGCUGAACACAACAUCGCCAACUACGUCGUUCAGCAUGCCAUCAAACUUGUGCGUACCGAGGCUCUAGCGUUGGAAGUACUCGAGGAACUGGAGGCUUCUCUAUGGACGCUGUUAUCCAUGGGUCGACCUGGUGUUAUCUGGCGUGUGGUGGAGAUGUGUGUCAAGUUUAAACUGCACCAAAAAGAAGUAUUCGAGGCGCUUGUGAGCGCUGUGGCCAAGCAGGAGAGCAAGAAGCCAGAGGCGGUUCGUAAGAACUUCGUGGCAUCGCUGCUCAACGUCCAGCUCUCGACAUCUGCUACGUCGGCCAAAGUGCAGUUGAACGUCAUGGGCGCCAAGAUUAUCGAGCAAAUGCAGCAGUUCGAAGCUGGAGAGUAUUUGACGCCGCUGUACAAGGGCAUUCUCUCGUUCAACUCUGUACAGCUGAUGGCUCUGGCCAAGGAUUCCACUGGUAGCCGCUGCAUUGUGGAGCCUAUUUGGGAGUCUAAAGAUCCCAGUACGGCGUGGGUUCGGGAGGAGCUGUACGAGCGAUUCGUGGGCAAAUUCGGUACGCUGGCUAUGGAUCGUCUGGGUGCUUUCUCGGUCAUGAAGUGCUAUGAGGACCUGCCGCUGGAUAAAAAGGAGGCAGUUGUACACGAACUUCUUGCUGUGGAGACGCAACUUAGCGGAAGCCACUUUUCGCAGCUCGUGAUGAAUACGUGCCACCUGUUCGAGUACAAGCAGAGUCGCGAGAAGUGGGAGGCGCUCUAUACGAAGAAGCAGAAGAUCGCCGACCUGUUUAAGGAUGUGGUGGAAGGUGACGAAGCACCUGAGGAGGGUACCAAGACGCGUAAGAAACACAAGAAGGAGAAGAAGUCCAAGAAACGCAAAGCUGCUCAGCUCACUGAAGAGGAGGCCGAACAACGCAAGGAGGAGGUUGCGAAGAGUGCUGAUGUGGCUAUGAUUAUGGAUGCACUGCGGAGUGGCGCUGCUGGCAAGGAGAAGAAGACCAAGAAGAACAAGAAAAGCAAGAAACACCGGAGUGAUGAAAACUAAAUCGCUAGUUUAUGCUUGCCAAAAAACAAUAGAGAUGAUACCUCCGUAUGAAAAUCCAUUGCUUUUGUCUAGGCUCCUCCAGCUUGAAACUACUUAAGUACAAGUACAUUUACUAAGAACCUGU